GGAUGCAGAGGAGCAUCACGGGAAAGCAAUAUGGCCGCGUCCUUUUGAAAAAAAGUGCUGUUUACCAUUCGCUUUAAAAAGAGUAUCUCUGUAGUUUCGCUGUUUUCCGUUAAGCUUUAUGUUUAGCAAGUGUCGGUCAAGAGAGAGACGUCUAAUAAAUAUCUAUAUUAAUAUACAAGGACUCCAAGAGCCAGCCGUCGACCAUUUAUUAACAGAAAUAAUGCUGAUAUCUGGGACUCAUGUCGAACGUCUAUGAAGAGAGAGCCACAAUGAUAGCCGCAGGGGAAUUGCAGUGGUUUGUUCCGUUUGGCCGUGAGCACUGCAAGAAGCACCCGAAUGCCAUCAACCUGCAGCUGCGACAGCUUCAGCCAGCCUCAGAGCUGUGGUCUUCGGAUGGGGCCGCUGGGCUGGUGGGCUCCCUCCAGGAGGUCACGCUGCAGGAGAGAGAGAGAGAAUGGUGGCAGCUGAGCAAAGGGGUGGGUGUGACCACCCAGGAAGCCGAGUUUGAGGAGGAGCUGUAUGUCGCGGGAAACGUGGUGAUUUGGAGCCGUGGCAGCAAAAACCAGGCGUCCUACGUGUACAAGGCCUUUACUGUGGACAGCCCGGUGCAACAGGCUUUGUGGUGUAACUUUACUUUGCCUCAGAAGAAAAAGGAUGAGAAGGAGAUUGUAGAGCAGACCGUCUGCAUCGUGCAGAACACCUGCGUCAACGUGCACAGUGUGACUGGGAAAGACUUCAUCUCCCCACUGCCCUUCCAGGUCUCCACCCUGUGGCCCACCAAGUUUGGCCUCCUUUUUGAACGCAAGAAUCCAGCAUCCGAUGCCCCCAUGAGUCCCCCGAGGGAGCCACUGCCCACAGUGUUCAGCAUGCUGCACCCCCUGGAUGAGAUUGCCCCGGUCGUCUGUAGAUCCUCAGCAGGCCUGUUUGAAGCGCCGCGCGUGCAGUACGUGUCGGAUAGCACCCUGAGGAUCGUCUUCUCCAGCUGUGAGCCCUCCAUCAUCAUGACCUAUGACACUGUGCAGCACAGCCACACAGUGUGGGCACUGCGCAGGGUCACCACAGAGGAGCGGUCUAUGGUUCUGAAAUACUCGGACCAGCCGGUGGUCCAGAACUUGAUGGCCCCUGGAUUCCUGAGCUCCCACCUCCGCACAGUCUCCAAAUUGGAGUCUCUAGCCUCCCCUUACCACAGCUGCUCCCUGCACGGCCAGACUCGUGUGACUUCGUCCCCAGGGCUGCACUCUCGUGUCCACUCACCGAGCAUCUCCAGCAUGGCAGCCCUCAGCCGGGCCCACUCCCCCAGUGCGGCGGCGCCCUCGUUCUCCAGUGCCCAGCGCUUCAACAUGUCGUGCCACUCCCCACGAACGCACAGCCUGCUGUCGUCGCCGACCAGCAUGCUGAAUGACUCGGGUGUGGCCCCUGAGGCAGAGCCCCUGGUCCCCGAGCUGUGCAUCGAGCAGCUGUGGACGGAGACAUUGCCGGGGGGCAGGAGCGACUCGUCGCCCAGGGAGAAAAGCUGCCAGGCCACAAAGGUCUUCAUCACAUCAGACCUGUGCGAGAACAAGUUCCUCUGCUUCCUUGUGGAGUCCAGCCAGCAGCUCAGGUGUGUGAAGUUCAUCGAGAGCAACGACCCCUCCCAGCUGAUAUUCGUCGCCGCCGCCACGAUCCCAGCCAGAGAUGCAGCGCCCCUGGAGAGCAUCGAUGCCAUGUUGGUUUUGGAGCCCAGCGGAUGCCUGGUCUUGUAUACUGGCGUCUCCAGGGUGAGCAAGGUGUUCGUAUCCGGGCUCCUGACUCCCUCGCUGGCCAUGACGGGCACAAUGUCCCACCCUGGUACCCCCGUGGAGGGCAUCAGCACCCCCGCUAAAGCCACCGGACGCCACAUGAGCUGCCUUGAUGAGGUGGUUCUACCAUCUCCAGUGUGCGAGCUGCGCGGCUCCACCAAACACCACGAGUCCUCCUGGCCCUGGCUCGAUGACUGCACCUUCCAGCAGGUGGCGCCAUAUGUCCACGCCCUUCGGGAUCCCGUCCACAACAGGGUCACCCUGGAGCUGAGUAACGGUAAGAUGCAGCGCAUCGCUAUCCCAGAGAUCGCCACGUCAGAACUGGUGAAGAAAUGCCUGCAGGCCAUCAGGUUCAUCCUGCCCAAGGAGACGGCCAUGAAGGUCCUCACCAAGUGGUACAACAUCUACAACGCCCCUGGUGGGCCCAGCUCCCACACCGAGUGGAACCUAUUUGUGACCUGCAUCAUGACACUCAUGGGCUACAACACCGAGCGCCUGUCCUGGACCCGCAACCUGGAUUUUGAGGUUCCCCUCUCGCCUGUCAUCGCACCCAAGAAGGCCCGGACCUCGGAGAUGGGCUCAGACGAGGACUGGGAGUAUCAGCUGGCCUCUGAUUACCACUGGCAGGUGGAGUCGCGGAGGUUGGGCAGCGUGCUGCACCUGGAACCCCUGGUGGUGGCGCCGCUGCGCACAGGCGAGCCCUCGGCCCCUCCCCGCCUGGAUGCCGCCGCCCCGCUCUUUAGUCACACCCCCGCUGUCUUCUUCGUGCUGCACCUGGUUUACGAGGACCUGAAGCUGGAUGAGCUCAUGAGGAAGGGGGCCCACCAGCUGGUAGUGCUGCUGCAGCAGCUUGCGCGGGAUCUGCAGUUAGAGGAAUACAUCGAUCUUUACUGGCGAGAUUAUCCCUCAUUCAUCAAGACCUUCAAGGAGACGUGCGCCAUCGACCCUGCUCAGAAAGACCAGAUGAACAAGCCGUCCUUCGUCCUGGAGGAGCCGCCCAGCAUCUUCGGGUGGCUCAGCAGGUGCCUGCGGGGAGACGAGGUGUCACCCUUUCCAUAUCUGCCCGGCAUCUGUGAGAGGACCAAGCUACUGGUGCUGAGCUUUGCCCUCUACGUUGUUGCCGAUGAAAACUCUGUGACCACGGACGUCUCCAAAUACCUGUCGAAGGUCUCCGCAGGCCAGAAGAAAAACCUGAAUGAGCAAGUAGGGAAGAGACAAAGUGACACAAAUCCCAGCGCACAUUACUGCAGUCUGGCAGAGAAACUGGCCCUCUGGUUAACAUCCUCAGGCUUCACGCUGAAGGACCUGGAGUCGGUGCCCUUUGGGGUGGCCCUCCCGAUCCGCGACGCCAUCUACCAAUGCCGUGAGCAGCCCUGCUCUGAUUGGCCAGAAGACGUCUGCCUGCUGAUUGGCCGGCAGGACCUGACCAAGCAGGCGCACAGAGUCACGCUGGCCAGGGGCAAAUCUGUGAGUCGGCAUCAGACGAUGGGCUCGGGGCUGUCGCUGGAGGCCCCGGCGGCGGCCGAGGUGGACGAGGAGGAGGACGGCAUGGGUGACAUCGAGGGCGAUGUGACGGCGCUGAUCUGGAGCCAGGACCUGCGUGUGCAGGAGGUGCGCCGGCUGCUGCAGAGUUCGCGGCCCGUGCGCGUUAACGUGCCUCACCUGCCCGAGGUCAGCGACCACGAGUACAUCGAGGAGAAGGAGAACAAGCUGCUGCAGCUCUGCCAGCGCACCAUGGCGCUGCCCGUGGGCCGCGGCCUCUUCACGCUCUUCUCCUACCUCCCGGUGCCCACCGAGCCGCUUCCGGUCCCCAAGCUGAACCUGACUGGCCGGGCCCCGCCCCGAAACACAAUGGUGGACCUUAAUAGCGGCAACAUCGACGUCCCGCCCAACAUGACCAGCUGGCCCAGCUUCCACAACGGCGUGGCGGCCGGCCUGAAGAUCGCGCCAGCGUCUCGCAUCGACUCUGCCUGGAUCGCCUACAACAAGCCCAAGAGUGCCGAGCUGGCCAAUGAGUACGCUGGCUUCCUGAUGGCCCUGGGGCUUAAUGGGCACCUCACCAAGCUGGCCACGCUCAACAUCCACGAUUACCUCACCAAGGGUCAUGAGAUGACCAGCAUCGGGCUCCUGCUGGGCGUGUCGGCCGCCAAACUGAGCACCAUGGACAUGUCCAUCACUCGGCUGCUCAGCAUCCACAUCCCCGCCCUGCUGCCACCGACCUCCACCGAGCUGGACGUGCCCCACAACGUGCAGGUGGCCGCCGUCGUUGGAAUCGGCCUCGUCUACCAGGGCACUGGGCACCGGCACAAUGCCGAGGUCCUCCUUGCCGAGAUCGGGCGCCCCCCAGGGCCAGAGAUGGAGUACUGCACCGACAGGGAGUCCUACUCCUUGGCUGCCGGGCUGGCCCUGGGUAUGGUCUGCUUGGGGCAUGGCAGUAACCUAAUAGGUAUGACCGACCUCAAUGUCCCUGAGCAGCUAUACCAGUACAUGGUGGGAGGUCAUCGACGGGCCCAUGCAGGGGCCAACCGGGAGAAGCACAAGUCCCCCAGCUACCAGAUCAAGGAAGGCGACACCAUCAACGUCGACGUCACCUGUCCAGGAGCGACGCUUGCCUUGGCAAUGAUCUACCUAAAAACAAACAACAGGUCCAUUGCUGAUUGGCUGCGAGCCCCUGACACCAUGUUCCUUCUAGACUUCAUCAAACCGGAAUUCCUGCUUUUGAGGACCUUGGCUCGCUGCCUCAUCAUGUGGGACGAGAUCCUGCCAAACGUGGAGUGGAUCAACAGUAAUGUGCCCCAGAUUAUCCAGGCACCUCCCUCUGAGGAUAUGAAUAUGGAGACUCUGGCCCAAGCCCACGUCUACAUCAUAGCUGGAGCCUGCAUGGCGGUCGGCUUCCGCUUCGCCGGGUCGGCCAAUUCCGACGCCUUCGACUGCCUGUACAAAUUUGCAAGGAACUUCAUGCAGUGCCUGACACCCUUAUCUGCGACUGUCAGAAUAGACGACAUCGACCGACUGAACGCGCACAUGUGGCAGAUGGGCCACUACAAUGUCCAGACAUGCCUGAGCAUGGUCCUGCUGUCCAUCGCCAUGGUGAUGGCCGGAUCCGGGGACCUGCGCGUGCUGCAGCUCUGCCGCUUUCUGCACCGCCGCACCAGCGGCGAGAUGAAUUAUGGCUUCCACAUGGCGCAUCACAUGGCACUGGGGCUGCUCUUCCUGGGAGGGGGAAGGUACACGCUGAGCACCUCCAACUCUGCCAUUGCUGCCCUCCUCUGUGCCUUGUACCCCCACUUCCCAGCGCACAGCACAGACAACAGGUAUCACCUGCAGGCUCUGAGGCACCUGGCAGUCCUGGCGGCUGAGCCCCGACUCCUCAUCCCCGUGGACGUGGACACUUGCAAACCCUGCUACGCCCUGCUGGACGUAACUUAUAAGGAGACCCCGUGGUAUGAGGAGACCACAGUUGAGUUGAUGGCCCCCACCAUGCUGCCGGAGUUGCACCUCCUCAAGCAGGUGAAGGUGAAGGGACCCCGGUACUGGGGGCUGACUAUCGACACCAGCAGGGGGACCCAGCACCUGCAAUCCAUCCUGUCCUGCGACGGCGUGCUGUAUGUGAAGCAGCGCGCCGGACAGCUCCCAUAUAAGGACGACCCCCGUGGCUGGAAGAGCCUCCUGGCCCCCAGCGUCAACAACCGCAACCCGGAAGUGCGCACAUUCAAACCUGAGGCCAUUUCCACUUUCACCUCGGACGCAGCGCUGGUCUCCUUUGCCGAAUACUUCUGCAAACCCGCGGAGAACAUGAAAGAGAAACAGGAGACGUUGGCUCUGUUCUCUGCCAUCCUGUACGAGUGCGUCACCCAGGAGAUCCCCGAAAUCCUGCCCACCUACAUCGCCGUCGAUCAGGCUGUACAGGGUCUCCGCAGGGGCGAGGUAUGCGAGACCUUCGCCCUGUGGCAGGUGAAGCUGGUGCUGGAGCUGUGUGACAGCGGGGUGCUGCAGGAGCGUCGCAGGGACCCCCACGGCCGAGGGCUGCUCCUCAGCUCCGAGUUCCUGGCCGUCAUGAAGUGCUCCGCCGACCAGGCGCUGGACAGCUGGCUCUGUGACGACAGCGCCGUCCUGCAGAGCUACCUGAGGGGCCAGGCCUGCGCCGAGGGCCCCGACUCCACUGCGCUCGCCUGCUACCUGGUCUUCCAUUCCAUCCCCAGCUUCAGGAAGAUGGCCGUCGACGACUUGGAGGGAUGCACUUCUUUCCCGCAGCUGCUGUUGAGGUUCAGCCAGCUGGGCGUCCCCGUACGCGCCCUGCUCCGCCUGGCCCCCCUGCUGCUGAAGGCCGGAGACCCCGUGGGGGGGUGCCCUGUCUUCUGACCCUCCUCCCUGUCUGUCUGGGCUGCACAGACGCAGUAACAUCAAACCUCACUUAAGAUCAUUUCUUACCAAGUGCUGUACAUAAAGUUAUUUCUUUUUAUGUGAAA